GCCCGCCCUGAACCCAACCCUGAUUUUUUUACCCUGAGUUUAGGCCUUAGUUUUGGACUUACCCGGCUUUGGUUUUUGCCCCUGAUAUUGACUUUAGAUUUUUGUUUUCUUAGGAUGUUCUUCUCUUUGUUUAACAUGACAAUGGUUUUGAGAUCUUCAGAUUGUUUGCCUUAUUAGGAUGAUCUCUUUGUUUAUCAUGACAAAUAAUGGAAAUUUUUUUGAUUAUUUGCUUUCUUAGGAUGAUUUCCUCUUUGUUUAUCGUAAUAGGUGGAAUUAUUUGUAUUGUUUGAAUUUUGCUUUAUGAUGUUCUCAUCAUGACGAGUAAUUUAUGACUUUGUGUUUUUAUCUCCUCUUUAUUAUGAAUAUUUUUUAUUUUUUAGUUAUUUCAUAUUUUGCAAGGUUAGGGUCAAGGUAUACCCAGCCCUUGAUGGCAAACCAGGGUCAGGGUAUACCCAACCCUUAAUGACAAACCAGGGUCAGUGCCAAUCAGGAUCAUCCUGGCUCGACCUUGAAAAAUCAGGGCCAAUUAGGGAGGGUAAGGGUUGGGCUGAACCCUGAAGGGUUGAGCCUGGGUUGAAGUUUUGCGGCCCUGAGUAAGGGUCAGGGCGGGUUUGGGCCCAGUUAAAGGAACUCAGGGUUGGGCUAGGGUUUUAAGAAGCCCGGCCCAACCCGGCCCUGUUGCACCCCUAAUCAUACAGGAUCCAAGAUUUACAUGCAACGAUUGCACAGUUACAAGGUUAUAGAACAUGACUGAAGAAAUAUUGGAGAAGUCUCCACAAAGCUGCUGAAUAAGCCAAUGAGUACAGAAGAAUUACUGAAGGAAAAAAGAAGCUAAAAGUAUAUUUUCCCCCUUCUAUUGAAUAAACCCCAAGUCAACAACUGACGUUAUAAUAAUGUAUCAUGCAAGAAAGGUCGGCAAAUUUUGACAAAGAAGCAAAUUUCUUUGACAAUCAAGCACACAGUAUACAGUCCCAGAUAACUGAAUUAGAGAAAGAAAUUUUACCUUGGGAAGAGAGGCGAAACGCUCUCCUAAAGGACUUGGAGUUCUUUGAACGGGAUCUGGUGACAAAUGCCAGGUGUGACAUCGAAGCUGAAAUGGAGGAUGGAGCAGUUGAUUGCUUGCUGGUGAUGGCAGAGAUAUUGGAAAUAGAAAUGAUGAGAGCGACCUAUGAAAAAUAUCCUGCUCACGCUGGUGCCAAUGUGGCGGCGGGGCCUAGUGAGGAUGCUGCUACUGCUGCUGCUGCUGCUGCUGCUGCUGCCGCCGAGGGAUCGGAGAGCAGUGACUCUGAUGAGGGUCAAAACUGAGCCUCAACUUUUUUUCGGUACUUUCAGGUAUGGGAGACCCAAAACGUUGGUGAUUUAGGCUGAUGAAGACUCGGAACCACAGAUUUUUCAGAAACUUGACACAAAUGAACCACAUAAAUUUUUAUUUUUCUUGGCUCAGAAAUUAAAAAUAAAUAAAGACAUAAAGGGAGGGGGGGAGAGAGCACUCUACCGGAGUGCAUAACCGAUUUGCUCAUCACCCUUAGGGGCUAUUCCAGCCUUGCGUGGAGAUGUUUCGGUAUACAAGUUAUGGACUUGCGUAGAGGAGAAGGAGAGUUUGUUUCUAUUUUUGUUUUAAGAGAUAUUAAGUAGAUCUUAUUACUAUUUCAGUUACUAACUAGAUCUAGCAUUAAUUAGGUUUGUUAUUUCUUUCCUUGUUUGAGUAACUUAUUGUACAAGGUAUAGUCCACACCAUGCGUGGGACUUCUUUUGGGUCCACAUUGUUUUCCUUUAAGUUAAUUAUGUUCAAUUCUUGAACCGGUGGUUCACUGGUUAAAGUUAAGUUGUUUGAUUCAA